UGAACUUCUCUGUCGAGUAUGGUUAAGAAUGAUGAAUUAUACAAUUAUGUUAUUUUUAAUUGCGAUUUUGCUUUGUGGAGAUCAAUCCAGUUAUGUUAAAGGUGAAUGCUCAGGAAAAUUUUGUUUACCUAUUGGGAAUCUCUUGAUUGGUAGAGAAGACAGGUUGUAUGCUUCAUCUACAUGUGGCUUAAACUCCCCGGAAUCAUAUUACAUCGUUUCUAAUUUGGAGAACAAUCAUUCGAUGGUGUGCGACUCCCGCUCGAAGGAUAUUUCGAAGAAUCAUCAAAUUUCGAACAUUAUCAGUAAAGUCGAUAAAGAAUCCGGUAUAACAACAUGGUGGCAGUCGGAAAACAGCAAGGACAAUGUUUGGAUUCAGCUAAAUUUGGAGACUCAGUUCUUGAUGACUCAUUUUACCAUGAUAUUUCAAAGUUUUAGGCCUGCUGCGAUGUUAGUGGAGAAGUCGUCGGAUUUUCAAAGGACUUGGCAGGUGUGCGCGUAUUAUGCAAGCGACUGCGAUCUUAGUUUUCCAGGUAUACCCAAAGGAUCACCCUCGAGUCCUAGUGAAGUGACUUGCGUAUCCAAGUACUCUGAUAUAACACCAUCAACUAAUGGAGAAAUGGUAUACCAAUCGUUGUUGCCACAGUUCAAAAAUACUUCGAAUUUAGAGGACCUUUUGCUUGUCACUAAUUUACGAUUAAAAUUCACUAAGCUUCAUACUCUCGGCGAUCAUAUCUUGGAUAAAAGUAUGAAGUACAAGCAAAAAUAUUAUUAUGCAAUUAAUGAAAUGGUCGUGCGUGGGUCAUGUUUCUGCAACGGUCACGCUGAUUCCUGUAUGCCAUUUUCCAAAUACGAUUCUUCACCCCAUAUGGUUCAUGGCAAAUGCCGGUGCAAACAUAACACUGACGGCCCGAAUUGUCAAAAGUGUCGAGAAUUUUACAAUGAUUUACCGUGGAAACCAUCCACAGAUAAACAAAACAACGUAUGUCAGAAAUGUAACUGCAAUAACCAUGCAAAUAGUUGUCAUUUCGAUAUGCGAGUAUACAAUGCCUCAGGUUUCAUAAGCGGCGGAGUAUGCAGUCGCUGCAAGCAUAACACGGCUGGUAACCAAUGCGAGACUUGCAAAAGGUAUUUCUACAGGGACGAAACAAAGGCGAUUACUGAUCCUAGAGUAUGUUUACCAUGCAAUUGCAAUGUGAGCGGAAUUAUGAAAGGUGAUAUGAUUUGCAGUUCUGUAACUGACGAGAAGAGAAAUAUGAUCGCAGGACAAUGUUAUUGCAAGGAAAAUGUCGAAGGGAAACGCUGCGACUCAUGCAAGAAAGGUUUUUGGAAUUUUAAUGUAGCAAACCCAAAAGGAUGCAGUCCUUGUAAUUGCGAUUCGUUGGGAUCCCUUGGUACAGAGUGUAAUGUGCAUACUGGAGGGUGCAUAUGCAAGAAAUAUGUUACGGGUUAUAAAUGCGAUAAAUGUAAGGACGGGUAUUGGGGUCUCAAUAACCAAGAUACUGGUUGCACUCCUUGCAAUUGUGAUCCAGAUGGUGCAUAUGGUUAUACCUGUAACGCAGUGACAGGUCAAUGCAAGUGUAGGAGUCAUAUGUCUGGUAAAAAAUGUUUGCAACCUGAGGAACGAUUUUAUAUACCCACAAUUUCCUUAUUUCUAUACGAUGCGGAUUUUGCCAAAAGAUCACAGGAUUGUCAAAUUAUUAUUCGGGAACCUAAAAAAAACAAUUUAAAACAUUCCUGGAACGGACAAAUAUUUAUAAAAGUUUUUUAUAAAUCGAGGAUCUCUUUCGAAAUAAAGAAUGUCUUGAAGUCAAUGCUUUACCACUUAACCAUAUUGUAUGAAUCCAGUCAGGAUUGGGAAGUAAGGAUGAAAAUUGAACGACCAUAUGAAAGCGGCUUUUGCAAUAAAAGUGAAAUCAAUGAUUAUGUGGCGAAAUUAGAUGGCAAAUUAAAUAAAUAUGAAAUUCCGGAACCAAUUUGUCUCGAAAAAGGGUUGACUUAUCAAAUUACAUUCAUUGUUGAAACUGCUGACGCGAACGUACUUAUAGACGCAAUAAUGCUUCUUCCAAACAUUGCAAAUAUACCUAGGCUGAGCAUAUAUCAAAAUACAUUUAGUAAUUGCCUGAGAAACUCGAAUUCACCCAGAGACUGCAAGAACGAAACCGUCGGCGUCUACUAUUCCAACGGUGCCUUACCUUGCGAUUGUGAUGUAUCCGGAUCUUCCAGUAGGUUGUGUAACAGGAUGGGAGGUGCUUGUUCUUGCGUGGCAAAUGUUUAUGGAAGAAAAUGUGACAAAUGCAUACCUGGUACAUUUGAUUUAAGCUCUGAAGGAUGCAAAUCUUGUGAUUGUAAUUCCCUUACAUCUUUGGAUAACAUGUGUGAUGCAAAUGGUCAAUGCAAUUGCCGUAAAAACAUUUAUGGAAAACAAUGCAAUCAGUGCUUACUUGGUUUUUGGAAUUAUCCAAACUGCGUUCGAUGUAAAUGCAAUGGACACGCUGACACUUGUGAUGCAGAGACUGGAGCUUGCAAUAAAUGUAAAGACAACACCCAAGGCGACAACUGUGAUGAAUGCCGAGAGGGAUUUUACGGUAGACCAGAUUUGGAUAAACAAAUAGCAUGCAGGGCUUGUCCAUGUCCAGGCGUAGCUGGAUCCAAUCAAUAUUUUGCAACAGGAUGCGAAUUGCUUUCGAACAAUGUAGUUUGCAAAUGCCUUGAAGGAUAUAAAGGGGAAAGAUGUGAUGAAUGUGCAGAUAAUUAUUAUGGGAAUCCAAGAAUGCCUGGAGGUUCCUGUAAACCGUGUGAAUGUAAUGAAAACAUCGAUUUAAGUAAACCGGGAAAUUGCGAUGUAAAUACUGGAAAAUGUCUUGGGUGCUUGUAUAAUACGGCUGGUUUCCACUGCGAAAUAUGCAAAAAAAACUUCUACCGUUUGGAACAUGGAGAUUGUUUUGACUGUAAUUGUGAUCCAUAUGGUACUGAUGUUAAUGGUUUUUGUAACAGUGAAACAGGCCAAUGUGCAUGUCUUCCUAACGUGCAAGGAAUGCAAUGUAACGAGUGCAUUGAGAACCAUUGGAACAUAAAAAGUAGUGAAGGAUGUGAAUCUUGUAAUUGCUAUUCAGUAGGAUCUACGUCAACAGAAUGUGAUUUGAAUACAGGUCAGUGUGAAUGUAGAUCAAAUUAUGGUGGAAUACAGUGCAAUCAGUGCAAAGAAAAUUUCUGGGGAAAUCCAGAGGAAGACCAAUGCAAAGAAUGCCUCUGCGAUGCUGAUGGAUCUACAACGUUACAAUGCGAUAGAGAGACAGGUAAAUGUUCUUGUCAUUUGGGAAAAGGUGGACAGUUCUGCGAUAAUUGUGUAAGAGGUUACAAGAAAUUUGGUAGUUCCUGUAUUUUAUGCGAGGAAUGUUUCGAUAAUUGGGACCGUAUUUUAAUGGCGCACAAGGAGAAGGCUAAUAUAUUUAUCCAGAAAUAUAAAAUGAUCAGGGCAAAUGGUAUUACAGGUGUAUACAUUGAAGAAUUUACCGAAAUCGAAUCUAACAUCGAAUAUGUCGACAAUACAAUACGUACAUUGAAAAAGAUAGAUCUACGACCAAUGGAUGUAAGGUCUAUCGAGUUGAAUAAUGACAUUAGUAACAUCAAAGUAAAAGCAAAGAAAUUAGAAGUGAAAUUAGUGAAGACAUCGACUGAGAGUAAAUUGUUCAAAUAUGAUUUGGAAUGUAUCAAUAGUAAAAUGGUGAAACUUGAUGAUGAAUUAAAUAAAUUAUCUUAUUUCAAAAUUGAAAUGGAUAGCAUGAAUGUCCCGGCUUCGCUGUAUGCUAUUGAUGAUGGAAAGGAGAAAGCAGAUCGAGCAAUAUCUAGGAUAAAUAGCUCUGACAAGUACCUGGAACAUGCAGAUAGACAGAGUACUUCAAUCAAAACCAUGCUUCGACAAACGGAACAAAUCACCGAAAGUCAAAGUGAAAUUGUUGAAGAUUUGCUGAAAAGUAUUAAAAAAGAAAUUUCUAUAUUAAAAAAUAAAUUUAAGAUAGCCAAGAACAUCAUUUACAAAAAUAAAGAUUCCGAGUUAGCCAAUAAUACAUUAAACAAGGCAAAUCAUGAAAUUCAACAAAUUAAUAUAAAGGCAAACACGUUCAUCAGAAAUCUUCCAAUUUCUGAUACAAGAACAGCUUUGAAUGCCUCUAUGGAAAACUAUAAAGACGUUAAAAUGAUGUAUAAUAAUAUCAUAGAUGUGCAAACAGCAAUUGAUAAAAUUAUUGAAAAUUUGAUGGAAGAAUUACUAACACCAGUUCAUAUUCUUAAGGUGGCGGAAGAUAUUAUGAAAAUGGAUAUUCCAGCUAAAGAAACGCGAAAGCUUAUAUCAAAUAUAAAGAAGAAUGCAUGCGUUUUGACAAACGUAGAUCCAGUUGUCGAAGAAACAUUUGAGAAGCUUGAUUUGGCAACCAAUUUAAGUGAACGUACUUUGAGAUCUGAAUCUGACUUACAUGGAUUUGAUUAUCAAAUGAAUAAUAUUAUGGUUAAUAUUAAAGAAAGUAAUCGAGAUUUGAACACAGCUAAAGAAGGCUUCGAAACAUCAAAACAUAACUGGUACAAUAAUGCAUUUGCUCCAGAAAAGUUUGAAGAGUUAUUGCAAAGAACGCAGACCUUAUUGGAGGAACAGUCAUAUUCUAUUGAUAAUAUGAUGGUGUCAAUAGAUUCCAUCAAUUUGAAUUUAGUACGUAACGAACAAGAAGCUGAAAUGAUACUUUCAUCAUCCAGAAAUGUGAAAAUGCAAGCAGUAAAUAUUAAACAUAAUUUGUUUGAUAUCAAUGCAAAGUUUUGUAAUGCGACUUCACGUAUUAAUCAAAUUCAUAGCAUGGUAGAUAAUCUUUCGAAUGAUUCAAAAAGUCUAGUUUCAAAAUCUGUAGUCCUAUUAGGAAAACUUGGAGACUUUGAGGAAAGAUUGAAAAUUAUUUACAAUCAUCGUCCAGCAAGUCUGGAUGAUGUUCUUUAUAAAUUUGGAAAGCUUUUACAGGAAAGUGAGGAAUAUAAAAUAAUGAUUAAAGACAAAUACGAUCAAUGUAAUUAGCAAGUAAUAUAUUUUAUAUAAAAUAUAAUAUCAUUUAAAUGAUAUUAGA